GCACUGAUAGGCAGCACUGAUGGGCACUGAUAGGCAGCACUGAUGGGCACUGAUGAGCUCCAGUAAGCCAUGCCCUGCCAGGGGCGGACUGACAACUCAUGGGGCCCCCGGGCAAUAGGGGAUCAUGGGGCCCCUGUGUCCCUGCCCAAACUCAAAAAAGCCUAUGAAAAAGGUACCAGGGGCAUCUCAUGGGGUCCCCUACUGACCCCGGGCCCUCGGGCAGUGCCCGAGUUUCCAAAUGGUCAGUCCGCCCCU